AUGUCGGCGCACAACGCUGCCUCGAGUGAUGCUCGGGGCCACCUCCACCGCCGCUUUACCACGAACAAUAUCCCUACUCUCAACACUCCAUUGUCGCCAAUUGGGCUGCAGCGUAGACAGGCGGCUGAGCCGACCGAGUUCACCACCGCGACGUACCAUAAGCUUCAAGUGCUCGAAAAGAAGAAGCUUGAGUACGAGUACCUGAGAGAACAACGACGAAGAUUUGAAGCUGAAAUGGAACUUAUUGAUUUACAGUCUCGCCGCGACGAAGAAGAGAUCCACCGUCUCUCAUCGGACAUCCAGUACGGCAAACACAGCCAGCCCACCACUCCACCCGAGUACAACAACAGUAACGGUUUCCCGACUGCAUUGUCUCGUCCCAACCGUUUCAGCAUGUCUAGCAUAACCUCUCCGCCAGGUAUGACUGCCUCUACCCCUCGUGGCAGCCGUCCUACCUCUCAGAUCACGUCCCCACCAUCCAAUGCCUCCACCCAAGGUACUGCCAGCUAUCCAUCCAAGUCUAUGCCUGGUUCCCGGCGCAACUCUGACGAAGAAGGCGAAGAGUUCGACGAGCAUGAAUACGUCCCUAUUAGCCCGGUGUUUCGAACUAACAACCGUAUGUCUAUGCCUGUCACUAACCUUGAUCGCGAUGGUCUUCCGGACCUUGCCUCAGUUCUCGGUCAUAUCAAUACUGCUGCCUACCUGUUUGGCGACGAGGACAAGCAGAACAACCCAACCGCCUCUCCGGAUGUCAAAUCGUACCUUCAGAUGAAUACUACGGACGACAAGUUCCCCAUUCUUGUUCGUCGGGACGGCAACGGCAACGGUUCCAUGCAACUAUCCGCUUCAUCCGCCGCGCUUGACCUUGCGCUGUCUCAAUCUCCAGGACCGGAGUCUCAGACCAAUGGAUGGCCGGGUUAUCGUCAUCGCCAAUCGCAGCAAUCUCUCCCAAGUAACGCUCUUCGGAAGGGAUCUCAAGCCGACGAGUCCGACAUUGGUCAAGUCAAUGGAAGUACCGUCGAGACGACUCCCACCAAGGCUAUGGCCAAUAAUCGCCGUUCCGUUGAGUUUAACUUCAGCCCGUUUAACAACGACUCGAAGCGAUCUAGCUACCACGCAAGCCCUUCCAACGGUGCUGUGAAUGGUAUGCCAAAGUUGCAAUCGUCGUACUCUACUAAUGAUAUUCCGACUAUGAAGAAUGGCAACGGUGUCAAUGGUUCGGGCGCGGUCAACUCCCACGCUGAGCAACACUUGCACAAUCACAAUGCGAAUCUCGGCCGCAUCCCACCGAACGCCAUGUCGAACCGUCACAGCCGUGAUUUGUCUACUGGCUUCAAGGAUCAGGAUUCCCCAUACCGUCCGUUGCAGUCUGGUCUUCAUGCUAGUGCAGCCCCUUUCGGCCCUUCCAUGACUUCGGCUGCGCCAAUGAUCGGUCUCACUACUUCCGCUAUUGCAUCACCGACUUUGACCCAGUACUCCUCGAGCUCUUCCUCCACGGCUCCAUAUUAUGGUUACGGAGUGUCAAUGUUGAACAAUGCCAUGAACGGCCUGUCCCUGGGACCGCAACUCGGUCCACAGUCUCCGUACCAGCAGGCUGGCAUGUACGCUGGUGUAUCAUACUACAACCCAUACGCUACCUAUGGACCGGGAGGUCGCAUUCAGGAUAGCCAAGCUCGCGUCAUUCAGAGCCGACGCCUCCAGAGUGAUGCAAACCGCUACGUUAACUACGACCUGAAGACGAUGCCACGACAUGAGAUCUACGUUUUGUGCAAAGACCAACAUGGCUGCCGCUUCUUGCAAAAGAAACUGGAGGAGCGCAAUACAGAGUACUUGGAGAUCAUCUUCAAUGAGACAGCCCCACACGUCGUCGAGCUAAUGACUGAUCCCUUUGGCAACUACUUGUGCCAGAAGCUCCUCGAGUACACCAACAAUGAGCAGCGUAACACUCUUGUCCGCAACGCUGCUCCAUCUUUGGUUCAAAUUGCUCUCAACCAACAUGGUACCCGCGCCCUUCAGAAGAUGAUUGAGUUCAUUUCCACUCCAGAGCAGAUCGAUAUGAUUAUCCAAGCUUUUGCUGGCCAAGUCGUUGAGUUGAUCCAGGAUCUGAACGGCAACCAUGUUAUUCAGAAGUGCUUGAAUCACCUAAAGGCCGAGGAUGCUCAAUUCAUCUUCGAUGCCGUUGGCCAGAAUUGUAUUCGGGUCGGCACCCAUCGCCACGGCUGUUGUGUCCUCCAGCGCUGCAUCGACCAUGCGUCCGGCUUCCAGAAAGUCCAGCUUGUCCGCCAGAUCACCCAGAAUAGCUUCCACUUGGUUCAAGAUCCAUUCGGCAACUACGUCGUUCAGUACAUCCUCGAUCUAAAUGAUCCGGGCUUCACCACGCCUAUGUGUCUCGGAUUCCAGACCAAAGUGGCCGAGCUCUCCAAGCAGAAGUUCAGCUCUAAUGUGAUCGAGAAAUGCAUCCGCUGCGCCGACGCCGAGACUAAGCGCAUUAUGAUUGAAGAGCUCAUGCACCCCAACGAGCUUGAGAAGCUGAUGCGCGAUUCCUACGGCAACUAUGUCAUCCAGACUGCGCUCGAGUUCGCUCCACCGGAUAUGUGCCUUCACCUGAUUGAGAGCAUGCGACCUAUCUUACCAGGCAUCCGUCAGACUCCAUAUGGACGACGCAUUUCCACCAAGGUUCAAGAACGUGAGGGUCGUCUGGCUGCCUUCACUGGUCGCACCACCUCUGGACAUGUCUCUCCGCACACGAUCUCAACGACCCAGUCUCCUGAGAUGGCAGCCGCCUUCACCGGCCAACUUCCGGGCUCUUCCGCCUACCAAUCUCCACCCAUGUAUACCUCCACAAACGCCUAUGGCUCCAAUAUUGCCUCACCGCAACCCCACCGUUUGAGCAACCCGCCCCUUCCCAACCACCUUCAGAACUCUGUACAGAACCAGGCUUAUCAACAGUUCGGCCUCCCCCCAUCCAGUGGAAUGGGCAACUUCUUCUAA